CUACUGCCCAGAUAUGUGGAGUUACAAACAGAGUGUAAACAGUAGUAUUCUGGAUCUCUGACACCCCAGGACAGGAAAUAAUAUCUUACAGCAAAGCAUGUUGCUGUGGCGAUGUCUGACACCGCUCCUGCUGAUAACUCUGCAAAUAUGCAAAGCUCAGGAUUGUCACAAAUUCACAGAUCUGAAUUUCGGUCAUGCGUUCAUGGGCACCAGCACGAAAAUUAGGUUGUUGCUGUACACCAGGGAUAAAGCCACCUGUGGUACCCUUGUGUCCCACUCCAACCUGUCUGGCCAUCCCCAGUUCAACUUGUCGAGACCUACCACCUUCAUCAUUCAUGGGUACCGGCCCACGGGAUCCCCACCAGUGUGGAUGUCCAAAAUGACGGAGCAGCUACUGGCCAGGACGGACAUUAAUGUCAUAGAAGUGGACUGGAACCACGGUGCUGCUAAUUUAAACUACUUUAAGUCUGUGGAGAACACAAGGAUGGUAGCAGCCAACCUCACUGCUUUCAUUGGAAUGAUGCAGGAACAUGGGGUCUCUCUAAGCUCCAUUCACAUGAUUGGAAUCAGUCUAGGAGCUCAUAUAUCAGGGUUUGUAGGAGCAAACCUGAAUGGGUCAAUUGGAAGGAUUACAGCUCUGGAUCCUGCAGGGCCUCAGUUUACUGGGACUGCUCCACAGGACCGACUGGACAAGGAAGAUGCCCAGUUUGUGGAUGUCCUCCACACAGAUAUGGAUGCUCUGGGCUACAGAGAACCUCUGGGUCACAUUGAUUUUUAUGCAAACGGAGGAGCAGACCAACCUGGCUGCCCGAAGACCAUCUUUGCUGGGGGAGCCUAUUUUAAAUGCGACCACCAGAGAUCAGCGUUGCUCUUCAUCGAGUCUUUGAAUGGGACAUGUGCAAGCACGGCCUUCCCCUGCUCAUCCUACACAAACUUUUUGGAUGGUAACUGCUUGAACUGUGACCAGUUUGGUGCUGCUGGAUGUCCUGUCUUUGGCUAUGAUGUCAUACAGUGGAAAGAUGUCCUGCUGAGGCUGGGCCAGACAACAACCUACUUCACAACAAAUGAAAAGUCUCCAUUCUGCACCACAAACUACAUAUUAGACAUGGUGAUAUGGAACAUGAAGGAACGGUGGGGAUACAUCACUGUUAAACUUUACUAUAACGGUACAGAAGCAGUGGCAACCAUUGACCAUAAAGCAUCAAAGUUCAAGAAGUACACAGGGACCAAGCUGUUUGCCCAAUUUGACAAAGACAUUCAGUCGGUGGAAAAGAUGUCUCUCAAAUUCUCCACUGGGAAUGUAUUCAAGCCAAAAUAUAAGCUCCGCAUCCUCCGAAUCCGUCUCACACAUCUGGAACACAAGAAAAGGCCUCUCUGUCGAUACGAUAUCGUUCUUGAGGAGGGCAAAGAGGUCACCUUCAGGCCCAUCCCCUGUGAAGAAUCUAACUUCUGAGACAAAAUCAGACCUCAUCAUAUAAAUUUCAUUGCUCAUACUGGAAGAACGUCUGGUGAUUAAUCAGUACCUCCAGGAUUUUACAGGAAAAUGCAUAAAUAGCAUAUCAAUAAGCACUAACCUGCGAGCCAAAUAUUUACUGGCACAAUGA